CAAGCAGCCGCGCGAUCGUUUUUAAUCGGGAUUAGCGGCGAGCUGCUUCGCACGCGGGCGCCAUAUGCUUCGAAAUCACCUCACAGCACUCUGACCUUUGCGACAGCCAUCCGCCUGCAGGUCGAACAAGGAAAUGUAGGACGAGGGCCAUAACCAGCCACGCUGCUCUGUGGUUGCUUUUUACUUUGACUCGCGGACGCCACAUGAACGCCAUGAAGUUGCGCUCCAGGAGUGGAGAAAGGAGGGAAAUGAGGUGGAGGGAGGAAAACGGGGUGAAAUCUGAGGAGGGUGACAUGAUUCCAAAGUCAGGAAAAUCUCCAGCAGACUCGCGGAAAAGUGUGGGCAUCCAUGAGUUUGCAGCACUCGCCAGAUCCUCCCUGAACGGCAUUUCUCAAGCAGUGAGGGACCAUGUGACCAAGCCCACCUCCCUGGCCCAGGGCCGGGUCGCCCACCUCAUCGAGUGGAAAGGGUGGCCCAAACCUGCGGACCCCCCACAGGCCGCCCACUUAAGCUCCUACUGCCACUUGAGCGAAGGCGAGAAGGAGGCUCGCUUCGCUGCAGGCGUGGCCGAACAGUUUGCCAUCGCCGAGGCCAAGCUGCGAGCGUGGGCAUCCGUGGACGAGGACGACGUGGACGAGGAAGAGGAAGACUCCAAUGACGAGGACGCCAAAGCGGGAUUCCACUCCGACUUUACACCUCAGAGCGCAGCAGACGCCACCACAUCCGAGCCUACGUCAGGAGCUCCGGUCCGGUCUGAAGAGAUUCCCGAAGAGGGCGGCGGCAGCGAGGUGUGCGUCCACCCCAAACCCGAGGGGAGGCCCGCUCGUUUCGAUUCCUGCUACUCUACCUCGCACUCGGAAUCUCCCGGAGAGGAGGAAGAGGAGGAGGAAGAUGAGGUGUUCCACGAAGCUCGGCUGUGGAGCUCCGGCGCCGUCCCGUUUGACCGGGCCUCCUCCGGGGUGGCGUCCCUGGACGAGGAAGACCAGGAGAACCAGGACGAAGGAGGAGGGAAGAUGGAAGAUAAGGAGUAUUUGAUGUGAUGUGUCGUCCAUGUCUUUGAUUGUGGAGAUGACGUCAUCUGUUUAGCUUUGCCUUGUGUCCUUCUUCUUCUGCUCCUUCUUUCUCAUUCUUCUUCUACUCCUCCUCUUCCUUCUUCAUCUUCUUCUUCUCCUUAAUCUCUCUCUCCCAUUUAUUGUCAGGCCAAAAGCACCAGUGAAGAAUUGCGAGCGGAAUGUAACACUGUCAGUUUUGUACAUUUUUUGGUGUCAAGUGUUGCUAUGCCGUUGUUUUUUCUAUGGAAUAUUUUGUAGUGUUGUAUUUUAUCAGGGUUCAUGCUGUGUCACGUGGAUGUUGAUACUGAGUGUCCUUGCACACGUCGAAAUAUACGGUAACUUUUUUCU